AUGCCAUCUAAACAACAGGAACUAGUAGGAGUAUCUUACUUCCUGCUGGGCAAUCAGCGCCUCCUAGUGCAAAAGGACGAAAAGGCUGCCUUUACAUACUUUUUGAAAUCAAGUCUGUUGGGUUGUAUUGCAGGCACAAGUGUAUUGGCCUUCUUCUUUGAAUUUGGACUGGCAAAGAUCGCUGCCGACUAUCAAGCAAACUAUCAGGUCGCUGAAAGGCUGUAUACAUCUGCUGCUGCACAAGGAUCAGGUCUAGCACAAGCUCGUCUGGCCUUUUUAAAGACACAUGGCCGACCUCAAAUUAAAAUCGACCAGUCUCUGGCUGAAGCAUACCGACGGGCCUGUGGCAAACAAGGUGCUUCUUCUGUUGCUUGGCUGGCACAAGCAGCAGAAGCUGGCCUGGCUCCCGCCCAAUUCUGCUUAGCAUUGUGUUAUUAUAAUGGAAUCGCAGUACCAGAAGAUGAUACCAGUGCGUUUCGAUGGUGUGAAAGAGCAGCUGCUCAAGGACAUGCUGGCGCACAGAAUGUGUUAGGAAAUCUAUACGUCGAAGGUGCUGGUUGUGAAGUAAAUGCAACUAUUGGACUACGCUGGUACAUUAAAGCCGCAGAGCAGCGAGAAGCUGCUGCCAUAUACAAUAUCGGUACUCUGUUUGAACGUGGUCUUGCUGUCGAUGAAGAUCCACAUCAAGCAUUCGAGUGGUAUGUGAGGGCAGCCAUGUUUGGCUCCAUCAAUGCCCAGAAUGUCCUUGGGAUAUUCUACGAACAAGGCAUCGGUGUAAUGCAGAACCCACAAUUGGCCGUCCAGAAUUACACUAAAGCAGCUCUAUCGGGUCAUCCUCAUGCCCAAUAUAAUCUCGGCCGAUGUCAUCAUGAUGGCUUUGGAGCUGAGCGGGAUGAUAGGCUAGCAUCUAGAUGGUUUGAAAUGGCUGCUCUACAGAAUCAUUCUCUAAGUCAACUCUCCAUGGCAGUAUGUUGUGAGUUUGGGAUUGGAGUAACACUAGAUCGUAAACGAGCUAUGGGAUACUAUCGCCGAGCUGCUUCUAACGAUUGUCCUGAAGCCAGAAGGAGACUUCAACCAGUAAUAGCAUGUCAGAUUCUGAUUCCGGCUCGUAUCUUACUAGCUGGUAGAGUACGACCACGUAUGAUGUCUGCAGUAGUAGCAGUAGUAGAUGAUAUCCAUAUGAUGGAAACCGAAGAUAGUAACAAUGAAAACUGGUUGGCUCAACAGCCAGAACUCGUAUCUGUACGAGUGGAACGACCGAAACCUGGAAGCUAUGUAAGGUUACUGUCGUCUCCACCACCAUUAGGAUCCGGUAGUUCAGAUGCACAUUCAUCGGCUGCUUCUUCAUCAGAUGAAGAAGAUGCGAUGGAUGUGGAUCCAAGGGCGGCUGUUGCUGGUCCUACACCACCACCAACACCCGUGCGUAACCGAUCGGGCGUAUCUCGCUCACCCACUGUAACAAUGAAUGUGCCAACAUCACAUUCAAGUAAUGUAGUAAUGACACCGCAAUCAUCAUCAACUGAUACAAUGCAUGCAAUGAUGACACCACCACGAGAUAUUGUGGUCGUGUCCAACCUCAACAAUAGUAACAACAGCAAUAAUAACAACAACAACCCACAUAGUAACUUAAUAACAGCCCCAAACCAACAACACAACCUACAAGCAGGUCUUCACUCACUACCCGUAGAAAUCUUGGAAUAUAUUCUCUCCUUUUUAGAUCCUUUACAAAUCCUAACGCCACAGCAACUACGACAAUGUUGCUCCACUGCUUCGGAUCGACGAUCUCUAUCCGGCCCCAUACGACCACUCAUACAUAACGAAGAUGAGGAAAUGCUGGAUAUACUAGAUGAGAUGGAUGUCGAUGGUGAAAUAGUGCCAAGACUGUCGAAAAGCACGUAUUUGGCACGGGUUGGGUGUCCAAGGUUUUUGCCUCGAUGCGAGUGCAUGCCUUGUGCCCAGAUAAAACAUUUAAUUAGUGCUUUGGAGGUUACGGGUCAGUUUGAGUAA